GUAAUGCAAGACACACUCAAGGCAAAUGUGUGCAACUUGACAAACAGGCACGUGAAGUUAUACACGAUAACAAGUAAGGCUUUUCUACCAGAUAAACUGCCCAGGGCUGGAAUUUGCACACCGGCAGAAUUUCAGGAGGACUGACAUCAGACUGGAAGGCUAUCUCGUCUUGAAACAUGAGGCAUUAGCAGCUGGUUUGGAGUAUUUGUAUUAGAAACAGCUGCAAGGGUGUGCAAGAGCGAGCAACUUUUUUUUCUAAGUAGGAAGCACGUUCGUGAACUGACUGAACAGUUCCUGCCACUGCAAGAUGGGGAAGUCAGCCUCAAAGCAAUUUGCAGAGGAGGUGCUGCAGUGCCAUAACGAGUACAGGAAGAAGCACCAGGCUCCAGCGCUCAAGCUGAGCAGCAAACUGAGCAAAGAGGCUGCCCGUUACGCCGAGAGUUUGGCUAGCACGCGCAUCCUAAAACACAGCGAGCAGUCCAGUCGAGGAAGCUGUGGAGAGAACCUGGCAUGGGCUUCCUAUGACCAAUCAGGAAAGGAUGUGGCCGACCGCUGGUACAAUGAAGUGAAACAGUACAACUUCAACUCUCCUGGAUUCACCUCUGGCACUGGCCAUUUCACAGCAAUGGUGUGGAAGAACAGUACGACGCUGGGUGUCGGUAAGGCCGUCGCAUCGGAUGGUUCCUCCUUUGUGGUUGCCAGAUACUCUCCAGCUGGGAAUAUCACCAACCAAGGACACUUUGAGAACAAUGUCCUCCCUGCUAAAACGGCAGGCUCUCCUUCCUAAAAAUGUAGAGACUCGACUUGUGGAGAAAUGGAACAACCAACUCGCAUUGGACUUAAGGAGAACCAUGUUCUCAUUGGAAAAACUCUUAUAAAUGUUGAAGACAAAGAUGUACUACUGUUUACUAAACACAGGGACUCAGUAUGGUCUGUAGUUGAACCCAAACAAAGUAAUAUUUACCAGCAAUGUCUGUUGAACUUGAUUGACGUCACCGGUUCUGGCAUAGUCAUCGAUUCAACAUGUUUUGUGUUUUUACAUGUUGCCGCUAGAAUUGAGAAUCUUGUGUGUGUCUGUUUUACUCGUAUGUAUUGUAAAAUUAAAAUGUAAAAUAAUUAUUGAA